GCAGAUCCAAAACAACGUGGGCGAGGCGGGUGUGCCGCGGUUUCCUUGGCGCCGGGCCUCAAGCUGCGUGCGCUGCGAGUAGGUACGAGUGAACUCGAUCAACAACAUGUCCGAGAACAAGACGGAAGUGAAGGCCCGCAUCGUGUCGGCCGAAGACGGCAGCAUCAAGGUCGUUAUCUUCUCCGCGCCGGAGUCGCCUCCGCUCCUCGGAGCAAAGGCGAGCGGCGCCAAGAACGCACCCGCUGAGGACGUCACCGUGGCCGAGUCCGGCGCGUCAAUCAAGGAGUUUCCGGUGGAGGAGCCCGCCCCGGCGGCGAGCGCCUGGCAUUCUGCGCACGUGCGUCUGCCGACCCACUCCUUCAUCCGUCCCGCGUGAUGCGUAGGGCGUCGCCGACUGGAACGUCUCGACCAAGGAGGUUCCAGAGGAGUUUCCAGAUCCGGCCGGCGCCAAGGCCGUCGGCAUCCCGCCCAAGAGCGAGCCCAGCCCGCUCAAGGACGGCGUUGACACGGGCGGCGGCAACGUCGCGGGCGAGUUGUCCCCGAUGAAGUCCUUCGCGAAGGUCGGAAUCGUGCCGGCUGACGACGGCCGCAUCACGAUCGUCAUCUCCGCGUCGGUGUCGCCUUCGCUCCCCGGAGCCAAGGUGCGCGUGCGCUCGCCAGGAUCGUUAUCAUCCCUCUCCCGUCU